AUGACUUCUCUAGAAGCGACCCAGGUCGGCACCUUUGAUAUAAGGCGGUAUAUAGUUGUUACAGAGUGUAGACCAAUCCCCCUUCUCUUUCCCCAGCCCCAACUGUUUGCCCCCACGAGGCUCUCUCCUUUACCCCCGCCAUUACUUCUUUCUGUUCUCUCUCACACACACAUUCUCUCUCCCUGUUGUCGACACGAUGUAACUAUCUUUUCUUUCUUUCUGUUAGCCUUUCUUUAUUAUUCAUUGUUCUCUUUCUCUCUUUUAAGCACAUCUUCUUUCUGCCUUCUUUUUUUACUCCCCUCUUUAAACACAUAUUGUUACCUCUGUUAUCUAUAUAGAAAGGAAGCUGUAGAGAUCCAUGACUGUUUAUGUAAGACAUAUCUCUUUCUCUCUCGUGUUCACCCCCACCCCACCUACACUGUUGUCCAUGAUGCAAAUGUAAACAGAGUUUUUCCAUUUCCGCCCUCUCUCUCCCAAAGACAUCCAUAUGCUGUUAUCUACAAAGAAGCUGUGAAGAUCCGCGAUCGCCUACGCUCUCAUCAGAUAUAUCGUUUGAGAGAGAAAGAGAGUUGUUUCUCUUUUCCAUGUACUGUUCCCUCUCUCUAA